AUGCUUCUAGACCGAAAAGAUUCUUUGGUCAAGAUAGACCGUGCAAUUAAGGUUUUAUACCUCGAUCCUGAACUCUCUAAACCCUCGAAGGAGCAGCCGAGAGUCAUCAAGAAGCUUACUGUAGUAGAUAUUGCUAUGAUUGGAGCUCCAGGUUUCCACCGAGCUAUAUCUAAGAAGGGGAGCACUAUCUUCGUGACUUCCCUAAAUGAACUAGAUACUAUCUUAGAGGACCGUUAUUACCUACCAGUUCCAGCUGGCGAUACACCAGGUUCAGAGACCGAAGGAAUUAAGAAAACGCUGCUACCGCAGCACCAUGACCUAGUGGAUGUGUUCCUGAAAAUGAAUUCAGACGAGCUGCCCCCAUACCGAGAAGGGCACGACGCGAAGAUUGAACGUACCGAGCCCAACAAUAUUAACUACGGACCACUCUAUAAGAUGUCUACAGCGGAGCUAGAGGCUGUAAAACAGUACAUUGUGGACAACCUGGCAAAAGGCUUUAUUCAGCCCAGUAACGCCCCAUUAGCAUCCCCCAUCUUGAUGGCUGAGAAGCCAGAUGGGGGCUUACGUUUCUGUAUAGAUUACCGCAAGCUAAAUGCUAUCACACGAAAGGACCGUUAUCCUAUCCCGAUGAUCGAUGAGGUAUUAGAGCGCGUAUCCCGUGCGAAAAUAUUCACGAAGCUAGACAUUCGGCAGGGUUUCCAUCGUCUACGAAUGGACCCGGAGUCAGAAGAGUUGACCACGUUUCGUUCUCGAUUUGGAAGUUAUAAGUACAAAGUCAACGAGAACGAGCAAGAACAUGAACUACACGUCCGCAUAGUGUUAGAACGACUUCAACAAGCUGGACUACAGGUAGCCAUUUACAAAUGUAAAUUUCACGUUACCCGAACAAAGUAUUUGGGCUUCAUUAUCUCCACUGAAGGAAUCGAGGUCGAUUCGGCUAAGAUUGCCGCUAUCGUGAACUGGGCUACCCCUACUACAGUGAAAGGGGUACAGUCCUUCUUAGGAUUCUACAAUUUCUACCGGCGUUUCAUACGAGGGUACAGCCGUAUUGCCCGUGCUCUAAAUCGGUUAACCAGGAGAGACGUGCCAUUUGAAUGGACGAGCGAGUGCCGCGAAGCCUUUAACAAGCUAAAGGAGGCCCUAACAUCUACCCCAAUGCUCAGGCACUAUGACCCCCGUUUGCCUACUAGGAUAGAGACUGAUGCCUCGAAGGGCGUAAUAGCCGGGAUACUCCAGCAACUUCGUGAGGACCUCUGGCACCCGGUGGCAUAG